UCCGAAGAGAAAGGGAAAGAAAGCUGCCUUGAUCGUAUGCCCUAAGGAAAAAGGAAUGAUUCAUCUGAAGAAGAAGAAGAAGAUGGUGAUACGAAGAACAUGUAUUCCUCUCCAUCGGAAAGCUUUGGCAUUGGUUCAGCCUCGUUUCUCUGGAACAGGUACUUCGAUUGGUUCUAGCAGCGACAGAAAUCUCUCUUAUAGAGAGAAACUGAGGAGUGGACUCGUUGAUAUCAAGAAAGAUGAUGCUGUUGAUCUCUUCCAAUCUAUGAUUCAGUCUCGUCCACUCCCUAUGGUCAUAGAUUUCAACAGAUUGUUUGGUUCAGUUGCCAAAACAAAACAGCACGAUCUCGUGUUAGCUCUCUGCAAGCAAAUGGAAAUGCAAGGGAUUGCUUAUGAUCUCUACACUCUCAACAUUAUGAUCAAUUGCUUCUGCCGUCGUCAGAAACUCGGGUUUGCUUUUUCUGUGAUGGGAAAGAUGUUGAAGCUUGGGUACGAGCCCGACGCAGUCACAUUCUCUACUUUGAUAAAUGGUUUAUGUCUCAAGGGUCUAGUUUCCCAAGCUGUGGAGUUAGUUGAUCGUAUGGUGGAAAUGAAGGUUAUUCCAAAUCUCAUCAUACUUAACACUCUUGUCAAUGGCCUUUGUCUCCAAGAUAGACUCUCUGAAGCAGUGGCUUUGAUUGAUCGAAUGAUGGAAAACGGAUGUCAACCCGAUCAGUUUACCUAUGGUCCGAUUUUGAACAGAAUGUGCAAGUCAGGUAACACUGCCUCGGCCUUGGAUCUCCUCAGGAAGAUGGAACAUAGAAAGAUCAAGCCUCACGUAGUCACAUACAAUAUUAUUAUUGACACUCUUUGCAAAGAUGGGAACCUUGACGAUGCCCUCAACCUUUUCAAUGAAAUGGAAACCAAAGGGAUCAAAGCAGAUGUCUUUACCUACAACUCUCUCAUAGGGGGCUUCUGUAGUGCCGGCAGAUGGGAUAACGGCGCACAGUGGCUGAGUGAUAUGAUCACAAGGGACAUCACCCCGAACAUCGUCACUUUCAAUGCGUUGAUUGAUUGUUUUGUGAAAGAGGGAAAGCUUAGCGAGGCUCAAGAAUUGUACAAUGAGAUGAUCACAAGAGGCAUAGAUCCUGAUACAAUUACAUAUAGUACUUUGAUAUAUGGGUUGUGCAACGAAAAGCGCUUAGAUGAAGCCAACCAGAUGAUGGACCUGAUGGUUAGCAAGGGUUGCGAUCCGAGUAUCGUGACUUAUAGUAUCCUUAUAAACGGCUAUUGCAAGGCUAAACGGGUUGAUGAAGGUAUGAGACUUUUCCGUAAUAUGUCUGUGAGGGGAGUGAUUGCCAAUACAGUCACUUAUAGCACUCUCAUCCAAGGCUUUUGUCAAUCUGGGCAACUUAAUGUGGCCAAGGAACUCUUCCAAGAGCUGGUUUCUGAAGGUGUUCAUCCUAGUAUUAUGACUUACGGUAUUUUGCUGGAUGGGUUGUGUGACAAUGGAGAACUAGAAGAGGCUUUGGGAAUACUUGAUCAAAUGCACAAUUGUAAGAUGGAUCCUGGUAUUGGUAUCUAUACCAUCAUCAUUCACGGGAUGUGCAAUGCUAGUAAGAUCGAUGAUGCUUGGGAUCUAUUUUGUAGCCUCUCUUUCAAAGGAGUGAAGCCUGAUGUUAAGAUGUACACCGUAAUGAUUUCGGGAUUGUGUAAGAAAGGCUCAUUGUCCGAAGCUGAUGCAUUGUUUAGAAAACUGAAGGAAGAUAGGUGUGAGCCAGGUGAUUGUACGUACAACACACUAAUCCGAGCACAUCUUCGAGGCAGAGACAUAAGCACGUCAGCUAAACUCAUUGAAGAAAUGAAGAGGUGUCGGUUCUCUGCUGAUGCUUCCACUAUAAAGUUGGUUAUGGAUAUGUUAGUGGAUGGUAGAUUGGACAAAAGCUUUUUGGAUAUGCUUUCUGGUCCUUUUCAAGACAAAUCAUAAAUCGUUGGGUUGAAUCACCAAGAUUCUGACGCUGGUUGCUCCUCUUUCCUCCGUGGCUGUCUUGCUGCUCUCUGCCGUUGCUGCGUGUUGGAGGAAGGCUGCUUCUGAGCCUUUUUUCUCUGCGGAUCUCUUGUUUUUUUUUUUUUUUUGUCAUUUUCAGUCACAUUAUAUGUUCAACCCAAGACAUACGCUUAUAGCUCAUGUCUCCUGUACUGUGAAAUGUUUCAUUGUCUGUUAAUGCUGUGUCCUCUUUGUUUGAGAGUGGACUAAUCCACACAUGGAUGAGAAAAAAAAAAACAGGUUUCUCGUGUAUCUUCUUUGUAAUUUCUAUGAAAUAUCGAUUC